CCAAAAUCUCCCAUCUCCCAACUACAACCAUAUUCGCACGCUUCACUCUUGUUGCAAAGCUGCACCUGGCAGAAGAUGUUAUUCAUGCCAUAUACUGCCGCGUGAAGUCCUUCACCUUCGCGGUAGAAUUGUGUUCCGCAGAGGUCUUGCACGCGUCAUGCAGUCCCAGGCCCCCUCCGCAGCAAUGGCUGGCGGCCUUUCUGGAGGGACGGGGCAGAAGUUGACCCAAGCUACUAUCAUUGUUUCUGGAGUUGCUGCGCUGCUUGCGUCCUUGUUGUCCGUUGUAUCUGUUUGGCUGCAAACUAAGAACUAUCGAAAACCUCUCCUCCAAAGAUAUGUCAUACGGAUAUUGCUCAUGGUGCCCAUAUAUUCGUUAUCCUCAUGGUCCAGUAUCGUAUCGUUGAGAGCUGCCAUGUUUGUGGAUCCGAUCCGUGAUGUUUACGAGGCCUUCACAAUCUACACGUUCUUCCAGCUUCUCAUCAACUUCCUGGGAGGGGAGCGCGCCCUCAUAAUUAUGAUGCAUGGUCGAGAACCAGUUCACCACUUGUGGCCUCUGAACCACGUCUUCCCUACGGUCGACAUCUCCGAUCCACAUACAUUCUUGGCGAUAAAGCGUGGGAUAUUGCAAUAUGCCUGGUUGAAGCCAAUACUGGGUCUCGCGUCAAUCGUCAUGAAAGCGACUGGGACCUAUAAAGAGGGCUACCUUGGCCUGGACUCGGGAUAUCUAUGGAGUGGAAUCCUCUACAAUAUCAGUGUGACUGUCAGUCUCUAUUCCCUCGGCAUGUUUUGGGUUUGCAUGUCCAAGGAUUUACAACCAUUUCGUCCAGUUCCAAAGUUCUUAUGCAUCAAGCUCAUUAUUUUUGCCUCAUAUUGGCAAGGGUUCUUUUUAUCUAUCCUGGUAUGGCUGGGUGCCAUUCCAGACAAUGUGGAAGGCUAUACACCCGACAAUUUGGCUGCUGCCAUACAAGAUGUGUUGAUCUGCAUGGAAAUGCCUGUGUUCGCAGUUGCCCAUUGGUACGCAUUUUCCUGGCACGACUAUGCCGAUGCUACUAUUUCAGCAGCGAGAAUGCCGAUCAAGUACGCUCUGAGAGAUGCUUUUGGCAUAAGGGACCUCAUUGAGGACACGAAAGAGACCUUCAGUGGGAACAAAUACGAAUAUCGUUUGUUCGAUUCAGGAGAUAACGUUCUUGCCCAUGAAGGCUCAUCUUCACGAGUUGCAAGGAUGAUGGAGGGCAUGCGAUAUGAGCGAGGCGGAAAAGGGAAGUAUUGGAUUCCGAAGCCAGGGGAUGCCAAUUCCAGGACGCCAUUACUAUCCAGCGACGCCCGCCCCCGGAGUUUGUCUCCAUCCAAACCAAGGCAGAAUGAUGCUCAGUACCUCGGAUAUGGGAACGGAAGUGUUGAUGAAUUAGCCUUAGAUCCGGACGAAGAAAGACUCUAUGAUCGCGCCAGGGCCCUUGAAUAUGGAGACUGGAAUUAUCCCGUGAUUACGGCGUACGAAGCAUCUCGAGAAAGAUGGUUAAACUCCAGCCCUGAUUUGCUAACAACAUCAACCAAUAGAAACCUACUUCAGCCGACUAGGGACAAUGAGAUCCGAAGAGCCAGUAACAUCAAAAACACAGUGGAAGAGGUCACCAAAAAAUCCAAGCGUAAACACAGUUCGAAGUCAAGGAGUAGCAGCUCGAAAGGGAAGCAAAAAGAACAGGAUACCUCGAAUGGAGAAGAAGGUCGAGCACCAGCUCUCAAGGGUAUGCUGCGGCAUCACUCCUCCGCUUCUAGCUCGGCAAAGUCAGACCGCAGCCAGUUAGUUGACUUAGUUGUGGAGGACAAGACAGCCGAGGAUGCAGAGAGAGUAAGAGCACGAAAAGAGGGCAGUGCAGGCUGGAAUUCUGAAGAACCUAAACGAUUCGUUCGAACGUAUGGUAAGAAUACUGGCGAAGAUAUUCGUGAAGGAUAUGAGCCAGCCGAUCACUUGGCAGCGGUUGAUGGUGCAGCCGAUGGCGAGUUUAUUGUUGGUGGAGACGAGGAACCGGAGGAAUCGCAGCAUUGGAAACAGGCGAGAGAAUCAGAAGAACAUCUGCUGAAGCCUAAGUACGGCCUCGAAGGAGAAGCUUUCGAAAACGUCUGGAGCGGGGGUGAACCUUCUGAACCACCUAAGGAGAAUCCCUAACGGCUUGUAUGAUAGAUACCCUUUUGGCAAGUCUAGAUUAGAUUUCAGUAUGCAUGGCGAGGCGUUGGUCCCAAGUCUGCUGAAGGUAAUGUAAACUUUUGCGC